GUUUCUACCCGAUUUAACAUGCGCGAUGCACCGGAGGUACCGGUGUGUUUACAUCGUCUAAUCUUGUUUGUAAACCAAUGGACUGACAUCAGACAGCUGAGAUGCUGAACGAUCUUCCCCGAGAGGCUCUACUGCGGCCGUUAACCAGGACUGAGGUGGUGGGCUUACUGUUGAGGCUGACUAUCUUUGGAGCAGCCACCUACUACAGCAUAAAAUGGGUUGUAGAAGCUAUGGACCCUACUGCAAAACAGAAAAGCCAAGCCAAGAAAAGGGCGGAACACCUAAUGAAAAGGAUUGGUGUUGAGGGGGUCAAACUUACUGAGUAUGAGAUGAACAUCGCAUCACAACUAGUGGAUCCACAAACAAUGAAGGUGUCCUGGAGAGAUAUAGCAGGUCUUGAUGAGAUAAUCAAUGAACUACAAGACACAGUCAUUCUCCCCUUUCAGAAAAGACACCUUUUGGCUGGAUCCAAACUGUUUCAGCCACCUAAAGGUGUUUUAUUGUUUGGUCCUCCUGGGUGUGGGAAGACCAUGAUUGCUAAGGCAACAGCCAAAGCUUCUGGCUGCAAGUUUAUCAACCUGCAGGCAUCUACACUGACCGAUAUGUGGUAUGGCGAAUCACAAAAGCUGACAGCUGCUGUCUUUUCAUUGGCGGUCAAACUCCAGCCGUGCAUCAUAUUUAUUGAUGAAAUUGAGUCAUUUCUCAGGAACCGCUCCAGCCUUGAUCAUGAGGCCACUGCCAUGAUGAAGGCUCAGUUUAUGAGCCUGUGGGACGGCCUGGAAACUUCCUCAGCCACUCAGGUGAUGGUCAUGGGGGCAACUAACCGACCACAAGAUGUAGAUCCUGCUAUCCUACGCAGAAUGCCAACCACAUUUCAUGUUGGCCUUCCUGACACAAAACAAAGACAUGACAUCUUGCGGUUGAUAUUAGCAGAUGAAAAUCUGAGCAGCACUAUUAAUCUGAAGGAGAUAGCUGAGAAGACAGAAGGCUACUCUGGCAGUGACCUGCGGGAACUUUGCCGCGACGCCGCCAUGUAUAGAGUUCGGGACUACGUCCGCAAGGAACAGAUGAGGCAGAUCGCUCAGCAGCUCGGAGAGGUCCAGGAGAAGGAAAAACCCGUGGAUGAGGAGAGAUUGCGUCCAAUCACCCAGCUCGACCUCCUGUUUGGCCUGGACAAGAUGAGGGAGUCCAAACGGGGUACGGCGAUUGAGUUACCCUCUGUGUCUGAGGUUCCGCUGGACUGAAUAUCUUUUAAGCUUAUGGGAUUUUUUGUUGUUAGUGAUGUCCAACAGGUGCACUUUUUUUUUUUUUUUUAAAUCUGUCUCUUGUAAAAGGAGCAAGAGGCAGCACUAGGUUUGUGUUUCUUUCUCUUUUGAGUUGUGCAGUAAAAUCUGCUAUCCGAGGCAUGCGCAAACAUUUGUCACUGCUCUGGCUAUCUAUGGCCCAAGUAGACCGUAAUAGAGCAUGUUUACUUAAACCUAAGACACACAAGCAGUAGAUCAAAUUAAGUAUAACAAUAGUAGCAGAAGGGGAUAAUGUGUUAUGGUAAAAUGUACUUGCUAAAUCAUCAUGCUGUUUUUCAGAAGAGACCCUCCAUGUAGGCUGUUAUUGCAGAAAAAUAAAUUCUUCACACCAACAUUCAAUCAUAAGAGCUCAAUGCAGAGAACAUGAUGACCAUUGAUGCAUAUGAAUGAGCCGGCUGGUUUCUAAAUAGUGAUUCAUGGCAAGAACUAAAAGCCACUACGCAUUAUCUCUGAUCUGCCAGUGCAAUGAUUUUAUAUAAAUUAUCCUGCAUGAACAACAUUGAUGACAAGCGGUAUCGAGGAUCGAUGACUAGAGGGAUGCAUAUCCUCGGUGAGAGACGGACAGUGUUAGACAAGACACUAUAUGUUGCUCUACAAUAGAAAUACAAAUAAGCGUGGGAGUUUGUCAUUCCAGAAUGGGCCCCACUCAGAAGAUAGACUUAUACUAAUAAGGUGGCAUCUGAGACAAGGGGAUUUUAAUAUCACUUUUAAGUCAGAAGGUGUUUUAAAGGUGCACAACUUUUAAAUGUCACAUUGAAUGCUGUGUUUCCUCCGGGUCCAAAAAUCAUAUUUCUAACUUAUAACAUUGAUUGUCCACACUUUGCGUUUCCCUUAUGUUCCCAUAAUUAUAUGUAUCUUUUAUCCAUAGUUGUUUCAUCAGUAAAGCAUUAUGUUAAUCGUUUAUCUAUUAAUUCUAGACAGCUCACUAUCACUUUGCAAAAAAGAAAAAAAAGGGCAAAAUAACUGUUAUACAUACAGUACUUCGACCAAACAAAUGCACCACAGUGUGUUUGUUUGUUAGUCCUAACCAGUGCUAUAAGCUAUAGACACAAAUGUGUGUUGAUUAAAAACAGCAUCACCAUGUCAUACUAUAGAUAAUUAUAUAUAAAAUCACUACACUUAAUCAUAUAAAUAAAUAGUUAUACAUAUAAACAUACAUUGGUCAUUUUCAAAUUUGAUCAAUCACGGUAAAGAUAUAAGAAUAUUCUAAUUUAACAAUUUUUUUUUUUUGCCGGUGUUAUAUGGGUAAAUGUCUUCGGUGCUGAAACAGCCACACUUAAAGUUCUAUUUUCAAAAGGUGAUUGACAAUUUACAUUUUUAGGCAUUCAUAGUAAAGGCAAUCCUUACUGACAGAGCAAAAGGUGGUGACCCACUGAAAUACACUUCUUGGAUAACGGUAAAGUCUUCCUGUAAAAAGCUUCAUAAAAAUAGUGUGAGGCAAUUUACGUCUUACCCUUCAAGCCCUCUGAAUACAAGUGCAUAAAUUAUCCUAAAUACUCAUUAAACCCAGUGCACUUUUGUCUGAGUACAAUUUGAAUAACGGUAAACACAUGCAAUAGUUCUGACACUUUAAAAAAUUCAUACAUACGUAUUAGAGUUUGGACUCGCCAUAUAAAUCCCAAACCGCUCUUCACAUUGAUGGUAACGAAUAACCGAAUCACAAUCGAAUUGUUACUCCUUGUACUAUUCUGAAAUAAGGACAUGUCAUUGUCCAACAAAUGAAAAAUAUAAUGAUUAUUUGAAAACUAUCUAUAGCUCCUGGUUAAAUCCUGAUCGCAGAUUUUGUCACAACACCAGAAAGGGAGUGCGCUGAUGCAUAUUUGCUGGCGCAUUUUAGCAACCGCUUCUCUCUCCGGAAAAAGAAACUGUCAAAAUGCUUAUUUUUAAUUUAAAAUGGCUUAACGUUAAUCAGGAUCUCUCACCGGAUUGUGGCCGUGGUCGGUUUUGUGCUGUCUUGGUGCCGUAAAAUGCGUAAAUCCAUGCUGGCUGGCAACAUCCGCUUCUACUAAGCCAGCUAGUUAGCUUAGCUGCUCGUUAGCGGUAGCUAGCUAGCUCUCCCCAAUCAUCUGCCAAGAUGUGUUGAAUGACUCUUGCAUAACUUUAUUCAUUUCAUUUGCCGUGGUCGCAGUUUGUCAAGAACAUCCGUGCAGUUCCUCAAGACAAUAGGACACCUCGUUCCACGGAGAUUAUCGUCUCGGAGAAGAAUACUGCUCUCCGUGAGACUACUUAUCUACGUGAACCGUUGCUACAACUCCACAUAUGUGCAGGCCUAGUUAGUCAAAAUGGUGGCAGUAGUAAACAAAAGCAUUGCAGCUCUUAUCAGAAUAAAAUAUGUGCUUUGAUUUAUUUUUAUUUUGUUUUCAUAAGAAUGUGAAAAUGAUGAUUCGGAAAAAAAUUUUUUUUGAAGGAGAUCGCGAGUGAAUCCUAAUUGGCACUCAUUCGGUCAUAGUACUAAUAUUCAUUCAUGUCUCAGAAAUAGCACCAUUUAUUUUGCUGUCUUCUAUUGGGUUAAUGCAAAAUGGGUGCCUCAUUCAUCCUGGCACUUGAGCUCACAAAUCGCUCUGAUGUAUUGCAGCAACAUAACGAGGCUCUCUCCAGUGGCUUUAAAAGUAAAGACAGCUUGAGUGACGAAGAAGGACCAUUUGUAAAAUAACCAGAAAAAGGAACUCUGAAGACAGUUAGGUUUCAUGGAAAAGGCAUAUUAAGCAAUGGAGAAAAAUCCUAUAUAUCCCACAAUGUAAUUAGCGUCUUCAGAAAACGUUGAAAAUCACGAAACUUAAUUUUGGACACCUAACAGUGAAGAGAUUUUAGCAUUCAAAGUUUGAAACUGUUUAUCCAUCCAUCCAUCCAUUUUCUGAGCCGCUUCUCUUCACUAGAGUCGCGAGCGUGCUGGAGCCUAUCCCAGCUGUCAUCAGGCAGGAGGCGGGGUACACCCUGAACUGGUUGCCAGCCAAUCGCAGGGCACAUAGAAACAAACAACCAUUCGCGCUCACAGUCAUGCCUACAGGCAAUUUAGAGUCUCCAAUUAAUGCAUGUUUUUGGGAUGUGGGAGGAAACCGGAGUGCCCGGAGAAAACCCACGCAGGCACGGGAAGAACAUGCAAACUCCACACAGGCGGGGCCAGGGAUUGAACCCAGGUCCUCAGAACUGUGAGGCUGACGCUCUAAUGAAACUGUUUACUUUCGAAUAUUUUUUUCUGAGAAACGAUAACCUUUUGGUGGAUAACAACUGCCAAUAAUUCAAAUACUCAUAUCAGUAAAAUUAAUUGAUUUUCAAAAGGUUAAUUCAGCGGGUCAUGUCUUUACCGUUAUUGAUCAAACGAUAGUGAUCUAAUUAGUGUUGGGUGGCAGCUCAGCACUCUGCUUUAUCUUUGGAUUUUGAAGGGAAAUGUUAGGGGUUUAAAUGCAGCGCUAUUUAAGAAAUUUGGAAUAUUCAUUUUUAUGUUGAAUACACCUAUUCAGUCAUCAUAAUGUAUCAUGUCAUGUUUUUGCAUGCAUUUACAAACAUUUAUGAAUUUUCAUGAGCAUGUGUGUCUCUAAGCAAGCAACUGGGGGCGCUAAAGCUGAAGUUCUUCUCACCAAGGCAGGUUGACAUUUUGGUGUAGCUGUUUUUUGUUUGUUAAAUGUCUCCUCUAGCAUUAAGGUGCCAAUGAGUCCAAUAUGUAUUUUUGCUUCUGGAUUCAUUUAUUUAAAGUUAGGUAUCUCUGUGGCUACAUUGGAAUACCACGCAUGACAGUUAAAUGCCAAAAUGUUACCAUUCACCAGGAACAGUGUCAGUGCAAGUACAAACCUCACUUCCAGUGCAGUUGUGUAAAAUGUAAAUAAAAACAGAAUACAAUGAUCUGCAAAUCCUUUUCAGCCUACAUUCAAUUGAAUACACAAAGAUAAGAUAUUUUAAUCUUCAAACUAAUGAAUGUUACUGUUUUUUUUUUUAUUUUUUUGGGCAAAUAUUUAGUCCUUUUGAAUUUCAUUCCUACAACACUUUCCAGAAAAGCUGGGACAGAGACAUGUUUACUAUUGUGUUACAUUACAUUUCCUUUUAACACCACUCAAUAAGUGUUUGGGAACUGAGGACACUAAUUGUUGAAGCUUUGUAGGAGGAAUUCUUUCCCAUACUUGCUUGAUGUACAAUUUCAGUUGCUCAACAGUCCGAAGUCUUUGUUGUCGUAUUUUGCCUGUCAUAAUGUACCACACAUUUUCAAUGGGAGACAAGUCUGGACUGCUGGCAGGCCCGUCUACUACUUGCAAGGGUUAUAAUAGUUUUGGAUUUUCCAUUAUAGCUAGUUUUUAUUUUGUUUUGACUUUUCUUUUUCAAAUUCAGUUAGUUUUUAUUUGUUUUUAGAGCAGGUUUGUUCGUUUAAAUUUUUUCGAAAAUGCUUCGUUUUAGUUUUUAUUAGUUUCAGUAUUAGUUUUUUUUAUUCAGGGUAUUUGUCAAGUGUGAGAUGAGGAAAAAAAAGAUCACAAUGAGUAUUGUGUAAUUAAAACUCAACAACAAAUACCAUUUAAAAAAAUGUAUUAACUUUCUAACAGAUGACCAACCGCCCACAAAUCAAAUACAGGUACUGCAUAACAGUCCACAGAAUUUGAAGUGCAAUAAAUGCAGUGCAUAAUUGUCACGAUAUGUAAUCGUAUGGUAUAGGACUGGAUCCAAAAGCAGACGGAGGGAGUCGAAGAGAGUGCUUUAUUUUGAGGUAAUUUAGGGUUAUAUUUCCAAUGCGUGAUGGAGAUCCGUGGGAGCAAGGAACGGGCAUUAGGCGGGAGCAUGAGCGGGUGGAAGAGCUGGACGGUGUAGUUGGAGCGGGCAACGUAGCGGGAGACAUGGGAGGAACACUUGAAGCGGAGAGGAACGAGAGAGAGAGAGAGGCAAGACACGGCACAGAGCACCACCCAAGCUCCAAAAAAGGAACCGCAGGUCACAGAUCAUGACACAUAAUACUGCUGCUAAGAUUAGGUUAGAUACAUCAUAACGUACAGUAAAACCAUUCAUGACACACAUGGUGUAGUAUGGGCUUUUUAAAAAUGUGUUUAUGUUUAGCUUUAAAAAAAAAAUCCUUAUGUGCAUGUUUUCCUUCUCUUGUUGCUAAAUUGCAAACUUCUGAUGGGUAGAUACGUUUUUUUUUUUUAAACAUUCUCAUUUUUAUUUUGUUUACAAAAAUGUUUUUUCAAUUUUAGUUUUAGUUAUUUUGUUCGUUUUCAUUUACUACUGGAUACACUUUCAAGAGGUUUACCUCUUUGUGGACAAGUGCGUGAGAAAAUAGUUGAACAGUUACUUUAAGGACAAUGUUCCUCCAUGUACAAUUGCAAGGAAUUUAGGGAUUUCAUCAUCUAUGGUCCAUAAUAUCAUCAAAAGGUUAAGAGAAUCUGGAGAAAUCACUGCAUGUAAGCAGCAAGGCCGAAAACCAACAUUGAAUGCCUGUAACCUUCAAUCCCUCAAGUGGCACUGCAUCAAAAACCAACAUCAAUGUGUAAAGGAUAUCACCACAUGGGCUCAGGAACACUUCAGAAAACCAAUGUCAGUAAAUACAGUUCGGCGCUACAUCUGUAAGUGCAACUUGAAACUCGGCUAUGUAAAGCAAAAGCCAUUUAUCAACAACACCCAGAAACGCCGCUGGCUUCUCUGGGCCCGAGCUCAUCUAAGAUGGACUGAUGCAAAGUGGAAAAGUGUGCUGUGGUCUGACGAGUCCACAUUUCAAAUUUUUGGGGAAAUUGUGGACGACGUGUCCUCCGGGCCAAAGAGGAAAAGAACCAUCCGGACUGUUAUGGACGCAAAGUUCAAAAGCCAGCAUCUGGGAUGGUAUGUGGCUUAGUGCCAAUGGCAUGGGUAACUUACACAUCUGUGAAGGCACCAUUAAUGCUGAAAAGUACAUACAGGUUUUGGAGAAACAUAUGCUGCCAUCCAAGCAACGUCUUUUUCAUGGACGCCCCUGCUUAUUUCAGCAAGACAAUGCCAAAGAGUGUAGUAAAAGAGUGUGGGUACUAGACUGGCCUACCUGCAGUCCAGACCUGUCUCCCAUUGUAAAUGUUUAAUCAGUUUAUUUGAAAGGGGACAAUGCAAUUUCAUAAAACACAUGAAAUACACAUGGUUACAAAAGCCAGAAUUAGCCAGAAGGCUAGUUUCCAUCUGUAGUCCCCUGGCCAUGAUGUAAAAAAGCCGUAAAAUACAUCUACAAGACAAUAUAAUACAGGAUACAUAACCAAAGACUUACUGUACUAUUAAGAGAGAAUAAAACCACAAAUCAUUUGAUCAUAACAAAAAAAAAAAAAAAAAAAAAACAUCAUGACAUACUUGUCUUUUAGUGUUGGCAGCUAUAGGUCUGUGCUCAGUAUGAAGUGUAAAAUACGACAAUGGAGACCCCGGACUGUUGAACAGCUGAAGCUGUACAUCAACAAGAAUGGGGAAGAAUUCCACCUACAAAGCUUCAACAAUUAAUGUCCUCAGUUCCCAAACGUUUAUUGAAUGUUGUUAAAAGAAAAGGUGAUGUAACACAGUGGUAAACAUGACCCUGUCCCAGCUUUUUUGGAACGUGUUGCAGCCAUAAAAUUCGAAGUUAAUGAUUGUUUGCUAAAAACAAUAUACCUUUAACAUGAUGUGCAAAUGAUUUGUUUAACACAACGUCCCAACUUCAUUGGAAUUGGGGUUGUACAUUUAAAAUCUAAUGAAUUGACAAAGACGAAAAUUAAGGACAUUUUCGCGAUAAUUAUAGUUUGUUAGUUUUGCAAAUGUAAAAUGUUGUUUGAGUUAGUUAUUUUUUGAAAACAUUCUCGUUUUUGUCAUUUACGAAAAUGUUUUUUUCACUUUUUAGUUUCAGUUUUGUUCAUUUUCGUUUACUAUAAUAACCUUGGUACUCACACUCUUUUACGACUAAGCCACGCUGUUGUAACAGAUGCAGAAUGUGGCUUGGCAUUGUCUUGCUAAAAUAAGCAGGGACGUCCCUGAUAAUGACAUUGCUUGGAUGGCAGCUUAUGUUGCUCCAAAACCUGUAUGUACCUUCCAGCUUUAAUGGUGCCUUCACAGAUGUGCAAGUUACCCAUGCGAGGGACGCUAACACACCCCUUUACUAUGAUGGAUUCUGGCUUUUGAACUUUGCUCUGAUAACAAUAUGGAGGACAUGAUGUCUAUGAUUUUCAAAAACGAUUUGAAAUGUGGACUCGUCAUACAACAGCAAACUUUUCCUCUUUGCAUCAGUCCAUCGCAGAUGAGCUUGGACCCAGAGAAGCUGGCAGCGUUGUUGGGUGUUGUUGCUGUAUGGCUUUCGCUUUGGAUGGUUUUAACUUGCAUUUGUAGAUAUAGCGACGAACUACAGUAUGUUAACUGACAAUGGUGUUCUGAAGUGUCCCUGAGCCCAUGUAGCAAUAUCCUUGACACAAUGAUGCCGUUUUUUAAUGCAUUGCCACCGGAGGGAUCUAAGAUCAUGCUCAUUCAGUGUUGGUUUUCCCCCUUGCUGCUUAUGUGCAGAGAUUUCUCCAGAUUCUCUCAAUCUUGUGAUGACACAUAGGACCAUAGAUGAUGAAAUCCCUAAAUUCCUUUCAAUUGUACGAAAUAUUGUUUUUAAACUGUCGAUUAGUUCACGCAGUUCUCCACAAUGUGGUUGACCUUGCCCUAUCCUUGCUCGUGAACAACUGAGCCUUUCGGGAUGCUCCUUUUAUACCCAAUCAUGAGAGUCAAGUGUCCAAUAAACCUGUUCAAAUGUGGAAUGUUCCACAUUUGGAGCAUUCCUCAAAUUUCCCAGUCUUUUUUUGCCCCAGUCCCAAGCUUUUUUGGAAAGUGUUGCAGGAAUCAUAUUUAAAAUGAGUGAGUAUUUGCAAAAAAAAAAAACUUUUAACGUUCAUCAGUUUGAACAUCAAAUAGCAUGUUUGUAGUGUAUUUAAUUGAAUAUACUGUGGGUUGAAAAGGAUUUGCAAGUAUGUGUAUUCUGUUUUUAUUGAGGUUUUACACAGCAUUCCAACUUCAUUGGAAUUGGGGUUUGUAUUUGAGAAAUGCCUCAUAAUGUGGGUUGAUCAUUUAAGUUAUUUCUUUGAACGCAAUACAUUGUCUUCUUGGACAGAUCGUGUUUAUGAAUUUGACCACAAACUGUAUAAUGUAUAUAUUGAUUACAUCGUUCAAAGAAGAAAUUAAAUGUAACCUCAGUCAUUGCUUUGUGAAUAUGUCAAAGCCCCAUUGUAAUUGAGUAAACAAUGUACAAAAAUAAAUGGUCUGAUUAUUAUCAUUUAUCAAAUUGGAUCAUCCUAAA